AUGAAGGCAAUGCGACCAGAUAUUCGGGCACAUGAAUGGUCAGACCGAGAUCUGCAAGUGAUGCGCGAGUUGAGCCGCCAGACAAACCACCGUGACGCCCGCUUCAUCAACCGCCUUAUAGACGACUUCAUCAUCGUAGAUCACCAGGGCCAGCACCGAUAUCUGAUCUUCGAGGAGCCUGUUGAGAUGAGUCUACGAGCCUUUGAAAGUUGUUUCCCGAACCGCCAGCUCCCCGAAGAUACUUUGGGGACAAUCACAAGACAGCUUCUACGCGCGGUUCGAUUCGCGCACGGGAGGAAUGUCGUGCUCAACUUUUCUCCAGACAACGUGUUCAUCAAAACAAUGCAACCGAUAAAAACUCGCGCACGUAUCCGUGAUUUGGCUAGAUAUGUCUGCGGGGGCGUCGAGAAAACAUGCCCUGGGCAGGAUUUGUGGGACAGUGCCGGCAACCUGCGCUUCGAGAUUCGUCUCUGGAACCUCGAAGCCGCCCACCAGGCUGGUACACCAUUGCGGACGAGCCUUCAAGCCACCGCCAUCUACCCUCCGGAACUCCGUAUCGGCAUCCCCGUCGAGAAUGGACAAUCCGACGAUCCACCACCUAUUGUCGACAAGCCGGCCGACAUCUGGAAUCUCGCCCCUUUCAUCUUCCAGCUUGUUACUAAGCAGCCUCUCUUAUUGGGACGUCGCGCUUGCACAUUCGCCCAUACAGACGACGAGGAGGCGAAUAUGGAGUGCCUAGCCGAAAUGAUGGCCUUAUUGGGGCCAAUCCCAGAACGUAUGAGAGGAGAUAUCUGGGACAAGAUAUAUGUUCGCCUCGACGAGGAAACGUCAAAAUUUGAUGAGCCGAUAACACCGCCAAGCCGCCGCUCCUUGAACGAUAUUUUCGACGCUUUGAAUCACCCGGAACUGCCGGUAUCUUUGCGCCCAAAUAUGAACCUGUUCAAGGACUUCAUCAGAUGCAUGUUCUGUAUGGACCCGCAGCAACGAUGUACUAUCAACGAGCUUUUGAGCCACCGACUGCUUCAGGGAUUGCACUGA